GCAUGGGGAUUCCCUGUUUUCACUGGACAUACAUUCAUAUCUUUUCACCUACUGCUAGUGUAGUCCAUAGGUCUAUAUGCUAGAUCUAACACCCCACCACCUUAAAGAAAAGCAAAUAGGCGACAAACUUAAGAAGCAAUAAAGACAAACAAGGCUUUGGAGAUGUACUAGGUUGUCUAUUACCAACAGGCAAAGCCAUAGUUGAGGUGAAAGGUGACAGUUUAUAACAAAGCCCAGCCUAGUUCAACUAUUUAAGCUGGAAUUGAUUGCAGUCGCUGAGCACAUGUCAUGGGAGCCUUUCGAAUAUAUAUUUGUGCGUAUUGAAACAUCCACAUAACUUGAUUUCUAGCUCCUCUUCCAAGCCUUCCAAUAUGUGCAACCACAAAUCCCAUGAAGAUGAGCCACUCUUUUCUAGUAUCAGUAUCAGCCUGACCACAAAGGAAAAGGGGAGAGAGUAUAGAGAAAAAACAGAGGAUGCAGCAGCAUGGCCGUCCCCUAGAGAGGUGGUGGAGGAGCUGAGGUCUCUAGGUGGUAUAGCAGGUCCCAUGGUGAUGACAAGCCUGCUUUUAUACUCAAGGUCCGUGAUAUCAAUGUUGUUCUUGGGUCACCUAGGAGAGACUGAACUAGCUGGUGCAUCUCUCUCCAUGGGUUUUGCCAACAUAACUGGUUACUCGGUCAUAUCAGGCUUGGCCUUGGGAAUGGAACCCAUUUGUGGCCAAGCCUAUGGGGCCAAAAGAUGCAGCCUUCUAAGCCUAGCCCUUCAAAGAACCUUCUUGUUACUCUUAAUUGCCACCAUACCCAUAUCUAUACUAUGGCUAAAUAUGGAACCAAUCCUCUUGUGGUUAGGCCAAGACCACACCAUAACAGGCAUAGCCUCCACUUUCAUUGCCUUCUCUCUACCUGACCUAUUGGCCCAAGCUUUCCUCCAACCCCUAAGAAUCUUUCUAAGGACCCAGAACCUCAUAAAGCCUCUAAUCCAUGGGGCCACAUUUGCAUUGAUCCUUCACAUACCCACCAACUACUUUUUAGUCAUUUAUCUAAAACUAGGGAUCAGAGGUGUCGCCUUAGCAGCAUCCUCUGGUAGCUUCAACAUGGUGUUUUACUUGUUGGCCUACUUAGCCUUCACUAAAUCAGCACUCAAGCCAUGGGAAAACUUGACUAGAGAAUGUCUGCAAGGUUGGAAACCUCUGCUGUAUUUAUCGUUGCCAAGCGCUGCCUCUGUGUGCUUGGAAUGGUGGUGGUACGAGCUGAUGAUAAUACUCUGUGGCCUACUGAGCAACCCGCGAGCCUCAGUUGCUUCAAUGGGGAUCCUCAUCCAAACCACUGCCUUGAUAUAUGUCUUUCCAUCUUCAAUAAGUUUAGCAGUUUCGACAAGAGUGGGGCACGAGUUGGGGGCAAACCAACCAGAUAAGGCUCGAAGGGCAACCGUAGUUGCCAUGGUCAGUGGAGCAAUGAUGGGCUUUCUGGCCCUACUUUUCACGCUCUCAAUGAGCCAUUUUUGGGCUAAGAUGUUCACAAACGACGCUGAAAUUCUUCUGUUAACAUCUAUCACAUUGCCUAUUGUUGGACUUUGUGAGUUAGGUAAUUGUCCACAAACAACAGGUUGUGGGGUACUAAGGGGAAGUGCUAGACCAUCUAUUGGGGCAAAUAUAAACUUGGGCUCCUUUUAUCUUAUCGGAAUGCCGGUUUCUAUACUCAUGGGGUUCGGCUUCAAACUCGGUUUCGUCGGAUUAUGGUUAGGGCUGGCUGCUGCUCAAGGUUCUUGUGUUGCAUUGAUGCUCUAUACUGUGUUUAACACUGACUGGAAAUGCCAAGCCAAGAGAGCAAAGCUGCUCAUAGCUGAAGAUGGGGUGGCGAAUGAUUUGGAAGCCACUCUUCUCGUUCAUUAGAGAAGAGGGUCUUGACUCCCAACAAGUUGGGUCUUUCAUGAGGGACCCACAUGCUAACCCUGUACUAAAACUCCCCCUUGUAAGCCUUCCAAUUUUUGUACACUGGUUAACCAAUCAGCAAAUGGCACAUCCAUUUUGCACAAAAUGUUAAAAAAAAAAAAA